AUGACUUUCUUUCUUCUGUUUAUGAUUGUAAUAGAUGUUGGACACGUUGAUUCCAAGUAUGUUAUACAGAAACGCAGUGAUUUUUUACAAAAGGCAAAACUAUGUGUUCGAAGAAUUGUGGAGAGGAGGAUAUUUACCAGUGGGAAAGAUGAAAUUGGGUUGAUUGUACUUGGUUCUGACAAGACACAGACUCUACUUGAUUACCCAAAUGCGAGUGUGGAAUUUCCUCUUGCACUGCCUACAUGGCAGGUGAUAUCCUUUGUGGAGAAAUCUUUACAUGAAAGAGAAAUAAAAACAGAUUGGAUAGAUGGUGUUGUUGUUGGCAUGCAAGUCUUGAAAGAUGAGCUAGAUGGGAAAGAUGAAAUUGGGUUGAUUGUACUCGGUUCUGACAAGACACAGACUCUACUUGAUUACCCAAAUGCGAGUGUGGAAUUUCCUCUUGCACUGCCUACAUGGCAGAUGAUAUCCUUUGUGGAGAAAUCUUUACAUGAAAGAGAAAUAAAAACAGAUUGGAUAGAUGGUGUUGUUGUUGGCAUGCAAGUCUUGAAAGAUGAGCUAGAAUGUAAUGUUGCACUCUCAGGUGCCCUGAAAAAAAUAAAAGAUCGCGAAAGUGUCUUAAUGACAACCGAUGGCCUCAUAUUGACAAGACAGCUGGUUGCCUUGCAGAGGGCAGGGCUUGACGGUCUGAACAUCUGCUUAGACACCCUGCAGUCCCAAUGCUACAACCAGAUCAUGAGGAGGAAAGGCUGGGAGCGUGCCAUGGCUGGCAUAGAUCUAGCCUUGCAACUUGAAUACGACCCUGUGAAGAUAAAUUGUGUUGUAAUGCAAAGUUUUAAUGAAGAUGAAGUGUGCAGUUUUGUCGAGUUAACAAAAGAGAAAAAUGUUGAUGUAAGAUUUAUCGAGUACAUGCCUUUCAGCGGCAACAAAUGGAAUGAUGGGAAGAUGGUCUCAUUUUGUGAAAUGCUCCAAAUAAUUAGAAAGCAGUGGCCUAAUUUUGAUCCUCUUCCCAAUGGGCCCAAUGAUACCUCAAAGGCAUACCAUGUCCCGGGCUUCAAGGGACGUGUGGGAUUUAUUACCUCAAUGAGUGAACACUUCUGUGGCACGUGCAACCGUUUACCGAUAACAGCUGAUGGCAAUUUGAAGGUGUGUCUCUUUGGGAAUUCAGAGAUAUCUCUCAGAGAUGCAAUACGAAGCAAAUGCAGUGAGGAUGACUUGCUUGCCAUGAUUGGGGCAGCAGUGAGAAGAAAGAAGAAACAACAUGCAGGCAUGCUGAACCUGUCAAAGAUGAAGAAUCGGCCAAUGAUUCUUAUUGGAGGAUAA